UGAGGAGGACUGGCUUAUUUCUCCAUGCCCUCUUCCGGCUCCGGGAAGCGGCGGGACUUUGGCGGUCGCCCGAGUGGGCGCGACGCUAAUCGAGGGCCACUUGGGCCCGAGCGGCCGCGGCCCGCCGCCCAGCGGAGUUGGGUUUUCCUGAUCCGGCUCGGGCUGCCCCUCCUCCAGGACCCUCCCCCUCGGGAACGGUCGCUCACGGCGCUUUGGACGGGCUGACUCGGUGCCGUAGAAAAGGUGGUCAAGUCCUCUUUUCAAGAGAAGAUGACUUUUAACAGUUUUGAAGGAUCUAGAACUUGUGUACCUGCAGACACCAAUAAGGAUGAAGAAUUUGUAGAAGAGUUUAAUAGAUUAAAAACGUUUGCUACCUUUCCAAGUAGUUGUCCUGUUUCAGCAUCAACAUUGGCACGGGCAGGGUUUCUUUAUACUGGUGAAGGAGAUACUGUGCAGUGCUUUAGUUGUCACGCAGCAGUAGAUAGAUGGCAAUAUGGAGACUCAGCUGUUGGAAGACACAGGAAAAUAUCCCCAAAUUGCAGAUUUAUCAAUGGUUUUUAUUUUGAAAACAGUGCCACACAGUCUACAAAUUCUAGUGUCCAAAAUGGCCAGUACAAAGCUGAAAACUCCGUGGGAAACAGAAAUCAUUUUAUUCUCGACAGACCAUCUGAGACUCAAGCAGAUUAUCUUUUGAGAACUGGACAGGUUGUAGAUAUUUCAGACACCAUAUUCCCGAGGAACCCUGCCAUGUGUAGUGAAGAAGCCAGAUUAAAGUCAUUUCAGAACUGGCCAGAUUAUGCCCAUAUAACCCCCAGAGAGUUGGCUAGUGCUGGCCUCUACUACACAGGGAUUGAUGAUCAAGUGCAGUGUUUUUGUUGUGGUGGAAAACUGAAAAAUUGGGAGCCCUGUGAUCGUGCCUGGUCAGAACACAGGAGACACUUUCCCAACUGCUUUUUUGUUUUGGGCCGGAAUGUUAAUGUUCGAAGUGAACCUGGUAUGAGUUCUGAUAGGAAUUUCCCAAAUUCGACAAUUUCUCCAAGAAAUCCAGCCAUGGCAGAAUAUGAAGCACGGAUCAAUACUUUUGGAACAUGGAUAUACUCAGUUAACAAGGAGCAGCUUGCAAGAGCUGGAUUUUAUGCUUUAGGUGAAGGUGAUAAAGUGAAAUGCUUUCACUGUGGAGGAGGGCUCACAGAUUGGAAGGCAAAUGAAGACCCUUGGGAACAGCAUGCUAAAUGGUUUCCCGGGUGUAAAUAUCUUUUGGAUGAGAAGGGGCAAGAAUAUAUAAAUAAUAUUCAUUUAACCCAUUCGCUUGGGGAAUCUUUGGUAAGAACUGCUGAAAAAACACCUUCACUAACUAAAAGAAUCGAUGAUACCAUCUUCCAGAAUCCUAUGGUACAAGAAGCUAUACGAAUGGGAUUCAAUUUCAGGGACAUUAAGAAAACAAUGGAAGAAAAAAUCCAAACAUCUGGGAGCAGCUAUCUAUCACUUGAGGUUCUGAUUGCAGAUCUAGUGAGUGCUCAGAAAGAUAAUACACAGGAUGAAUCAAGUCAGACUUCAUUGCAGAAAGACAUUAGUACAGAAGAGCAGCUAAGGCGCCUACAAGAGGAGAAGCUUUGCAAAAUCUGCAUGGAUAGAAAUAUUGCUGUUGUUUUUGUUCCUUGUGGACAUCUGGUCACUUGUAAACAAUGUGCUGAAGCAGUCGACAAAUGUCCCAUGUGCUACACAAUCAUUACGUUCAAGCAAAAAAUUUUUAUGUCUUAAUUCAGAGCCACAGUAGGCAUGUUAUGUUCUUCUUACUUUAAUUGAAUGUGUGAUGUGAGCAAACUUUAAGUAAUCAGCAUUGCAUUCCAUUAGCAUCUGCUCCCAAGUGGAAACAAAUGUUAACAGCACUGUUGCAGUCUAAACUUUGAAUUUCUAGAUCUUUCAGGCUAUUAGCUAUAUUGUUUAUCCAGUAUUUUACUCAAUUGAAACCUUAGACAAAGAAGCAUUUAAUAUUAUAACAUUUCAUCUUGUGUAUUUGUAGUAUACUGAUUUGAUUAUGUAUAAGUGAAUUAAUCACCUGUAUUUUUUCAUUCCUUUCAGAUAAGCUUAAUAAAUGGGGUGUUCUGUAUAAGCAGGGAGAUUUCAGGUAAUCUGCCCAAUCACUUAAUUUGUUUAUUGUGAACAGGGAAGAACUGUUCCACACUGGUGGGAGGAUAAACAUUGUUUUUAGAUGUUUGUCCAUGUUUUAGGAUUUUGUCUGUUUCCUGUCAAAAUUAUAAACGUACUUGUAUGAAUGUUUUUUUUAAAAGUGAUUUUGCCAUCUCCCAAAAGAUAUUUAAUGAUAGACUACUAUCUAACUAGCGUAUACUAACAUGGAAAGACAACAAAGAUAUAGUAAGUGUAAAAUACAAAUGGCAAAACACUAUGUAUAGUUUGAGUCAAAUCAAGGUGUGUGAAUUUUAUAUCUCUAUAGGACAAAAAAGAUUUGGAAAGAUAUGCAUCACACUCUUAAAUAUUUUUUUCUUGAAGGGGUGGGGGCAUGGGUCUUAGAGGGGCUUAUAAGUGCCCUUCCUUUUUUUUUAUUCUGUUUGAAGUUUAUAUAACUAUGUAUUACUUUUAUAUAAUCAGAAUUUUUAGAAAAUAUUUUACUGAUUUAAAGGCUUAGGCAUGUUCAAAUGUCUGCAAAACUACUUAUCGCUCAGUUUUAGUUUUUCUAAUCCAAGAAGGCAGGCCAGUUAAUUUUUUGGUGCCAAUGUGAAAUUUAAAUGUUUUUGUUUUACCUGCUUUGUGGAUGAAAAAUACUUCUGAGUGGUAGUUUUCUGACAGGUAGACCAUGUCUUCUUAUCUUGUUUCAAAAUAAAUAUUUCUGAUUUUGUAAAAUGAAAUAUAAAAUAUGUUUCAGAUCUUCCAAUUAAUUAGUAAGGAUUCAUCCUUAAUCCUUGCUAAUUUAAGCCUGCCUAAGUCACUUUACUAAAAGAUCUUUGUUAACCCAGUAUUUUAAACAUCUGUCCGCUUAUGUAGGUAAAAGUAGAAGCAUGUUUGUAUGCUGCUUGUAGUUUUAGUGACAGCUUUUCAUGUUGAGAUUCUCAUGUCAUUUUGUGUCCUGAAAGUUUCAUGUGAGUUUUUACUGUUAAGAUGAUUAAGAUGUAUAUAGUACAGAAUGUUAAGUCUCUGAUUGUUUUAUGUUUGUUUGUUUCUUGACUAGUAAUGGUAGUAAAUACUUUUAAAACUAUUUUCUCAAGAUCCUUAAAACCUCUUGGAACUGUAGCAUACUGACAAGAGUAGUUGUUUAAUUAUGAUUUAACAACUUAUGUAAGAGUCAGUAAGAAUAAAAUCAAGCUAAAAUGCUUCAUAGAACACAGGAUUUACCUUAAAUAAUUAUGAUAGACCUCUUAUAGAGACGGGUCUAUUUUGCUACAGAGAACAGUUUGGGAGUGAAACUGUUACAAUUUAGACUUUUUGUUGUAUUUUCUAAGAGAAAGAGUAUUGUUAGGUUCUCCUAACCUCUGUUGACCACUAUGGUAAGUGAUGUCAUUUUAAUUGCAAAUUUAAAUAGAAAUUAACGGAAUUAAGUAAAUGACUACCCUUUUUUCUCUUUCCUUUUUUCAGGAAAAUCUUUCUUUGUAUUGUCUCCUACUUAGGUACAGUUAGGUAGUCAUUAAGUUGAACUUGAUCUAAAUUGACUAAGUUUUAAAUUUAAAUUUACAUAUAAAGCAUUCUACAAGGGGAUAAAAGUGUUAAUUUAAAAAAUUUUUCUAAGACACUUCAGGUACAAGUCACGUAGGUAGUUUGUUUAAUCUAGUUGUUAGCCAAGGAUUCAAGGACUGAAUUGUUUUUUAAUAAGGCUUUUCAUGUUCUCGGAGCAUCAGUUCGUUUAAAACUCUCCUUUUAAAACUUGUGUGCUGAGAGUUAAGCAAAACCUCUUUUUUUUUGUCUUCAUGAGUUGCAAAAUUGAAUUCGUGAAGCUGAUGCGCUAACAGGUUUAUUUUAAGAAUUGUUUAGAAAAUGCUGUUGCUUCAGGUUCUUAAAAUCACAGUGCUUCAAUUCUAAUCAAAUUGUUGGAGGCUUACCAGAGUUGGUCUGAGCUCACACUAGGAAAAAAAAGCCACUGGAUCCUUUCCAAUAUAGAUGUGCAAAAAUUGCUCACUUGAAAGGUCAAAAUAUAACCAGAUCCAAAUCACCCCUGAGAAUUCUCAGUAUCUCUGUGUUGAUGUUCUUUUCUGUAUAAAGUUCACUCUAGGAUUUUGAAGUAACCACCUAUUUUACUACAUACUAGUCAUGUGAAAUUUGACGUUAUUUUGUAGUAAAUAGCUAAUUUUAUUUGUAAUUUACUGUGUUGAUCAAAACUUUUGUGAGUGUUUGGCAUUUAUUAAAUAAAUAGAGUUUAUUUGAUUAAUGACUUAGUAUUCCCUUUCCUACUAGAUUUUGCCUCUUCCUUUGGUUAGGGGUAGAGGUGAGGUGACUGUAGUAAGUGAAUAUAAUGUGGCUAUGUUAUGGCAUUUUGUUGUUUUGGUAUUUUAAAUGUGUAUUUUUUUCUGUUUUAAUUUUAGUAAGUAAAAUUUAUAUCUUGAGCUCUCUUAAUGGAAACUACCACUCCAGCAUUAGCUGCAUGUAUUGUUCUUAUUAGACCUAAAUCAUUGUUUUACUUCUGACUGCCUAGGUACUGAAUAAGAGGAGAAAUGAAAUAGAUUGUAUGUCAUUGCUAUUAGAGAAAUAAGAAAAUGGAGAAAUAUUUGACCCAUAGCAUUUUAGUCAUAUCUGCUCUUUUUAAGAAGAUAGCCAUCAGUGAAGAAAUGAGCUGGCCGUAUAGACUUUACAGCCUAAAUUCAAAUCUCCAGAACCCACAUAAAAACUUGGUGUAAUAGCCCAAGCAUCUGUAAUCAUAGAAUGCCUUCACAAAACAGGAAGCAGAUGGCAGAAUGUCCAGAAGUUCAAGGUCAGCUAAUUUGGCUUAGGCAUUAGCAAAGAGUCACUGUUAAACAUGGUAGGAAGGUGAGGGCCCACCAACACACAAACCUCCACUCAUGCAUCAUAGCAGGUAUCCCACGUGCACCUAGACAUGUACACAAAAGAGAAAAAAAAUAGCCACCUGUAAGAUGAGAAUGUUACCUUAACAGAUGAUGGAACUCAACUCAAUAAGAGCAUAUCUUAUAUGUCAUAAGUUUAACUCCCAUGCUAAAACUUUUUAUUUCCAAGACAGAAUUUCUCUGUGUAACAGUCCUGGCUGUCCUGGAACUCACUCUGUAGAUCAGGCUGACCUUGAACUCACAGAGAUCUGACUGUGUGCCUCUGUGAGUGCUGGGAUUAAAGCUGUGCACCCCCAUUGCCCAGCAAGCCUAGACCUUCUAUGGUUUUGCUUUGAUGGAAGACCUUGGACUAAAGCUUAAAAGAUAGCCUGGAAAAGAUAACCACUAAGAGUACUUGCUGCUUCUUCAGAGGACCAUGGUCCACUUAUCAGUACCCACAUGGUGGCUCACAACCGCAGCUCCAGCUACAGUCUAUCUGGUGCCCUCUUCUGGCUGAAAUGGGCACCUACAUGCAUGCACACAUACACAUGAAAUAAUUUUUAAAUCUUAAGUGACUCAUUUUAGUCACUAUUACUCAUUUUUCUGGGUGCUUCUUAUAAUGAGGCUAAAAGUUGCAAUAAAUAAAUAGAUCAAUCCUUUAAAAUAUUUAAAUUCAUUUUUCAAAAACUAGAAAAAUAUUCUUACUAAAUUCAGUUGAGUUUUUCUAAUGGGAAUAAUUAUUCCCAUCAUAAUAUUUCAGUUUGGCUCUGAAACAUUCAGCACAACAUAGAUUUCUUCCUUACAUAAUAACAUCACAGACCAUCAGAGCUAGAAAUUACUUUAGAGAGUAGCUUGUUCGCACCACCACCACCCUCGUUUUAUCAUAGAGGUAGGUCCCUUUACUGGGUCAUAAUUUGAAGUUGUACAUCCCCGCACCACAGCAACUACCUGUCCUGGGAAGUCUCAGAUGUUUAGUUUUCAACAAUUUAUUCCACUUUGCUCUAAUUUUCACUGCACAAUAAGUGGUGCUUUACAGUUGUUACAGUAGGACAAUCUCUAAUAUAAAUUGAAUAAUAUUAAUGCUUGAGUGAUAAAGUUCCUGUUUGGAGGCUGAAGUUCGCAGCUAUGAGUACAGAUCUUUGACAUUUACUAUGUGCUUAUGUAUCACUAGUGUAGCAUUUAAGAUUACUGUCUAAGUUUAUCUUAUCACUCUGUCAGUACUUACCAACUGGCUUGCAUUUUAAAUUUGAUGUUAAUAAUGGCUUUAAUGUUGUUUCUGGUUUUGCAUUUUUGUUAUUGUACUUCACCUGACAGAAUGACCAAUUCUUUUGUUAGUGUUGUUAAGAAUUAUGUUAAGCAUUUUGAGACAGAAUGCUAUGUUUGUGAAUAUAAUUUUAUGGCUUAUUUUCAUUUAAAGGAUACCUUUCAGUAUGGAAAUUUAUGAAAAUUGCUUUCUGCCCUAUAAUCUGUCAUUUGUUGUAGAUUAAAGCUUAUUUUUCUGUGAAUAAGACUUAUUCAAUAAAGCACUAUUCUUUAAAAUGA